ACCCUCUACGCUUCAGGCCCUGCCCGCUCUUCCUCCUCCGCCAAGGAAUGUAGUAAUCCUUCCCGCCAUUCCUCCACCCAACUUUAAUCUACUUCCGGCCCACCCCCUCUGCUCUCCGUCCCUUCCCCAACUUCCGGUCCUUCCCACGAGUGGUCGCCCUCGUGGCGGAGCACGACUCUGUUCUGGCCUGCGCCGCUGCCUGGGAAAGUGUUGAGGCCCCGCGGGCUGGCGUACCCGACUCAAGCCCCCCCACCCCCGACCCAGCUGGACCACCAAGGGUCGCUGGCGAGUGCCCUCUUCCGGCCCGCCCAGGCUUCGCUUGCCAUCCGAGAUGGCCGGCCAACAUGGCCGCCGCCUGGGAGAGGUCGGGCGGGCACGCCGCAGGGGUGGCUGGGAGUUGUAGUCCGGCCCUGCGCGCUGACGCAUUUCGCCGCGGGCCGACGGUCGCCAUUGUGCGCCGCGCACUGGGACUGCCCACUCCCACGAGGUACGUCGAGGAGAAGGAAGGUAUGGCCUCCGGGCUUCCGACGGCCUGGUUUCGUGAACCAGUGACCUUUGAAGAUGUGACCUUGGGUUUUACUUCAGACGAAUGGGGACUGCUGGACCUCGAAAAGAAGUCCCUGUACAGGGAGGUGAUGUUGGAGAACUACAGGAACCUGGUCUCAGUGGAACAUCAGCUUUCCAAGCCAGAUGUGGUAUCUCAGUUAGAGGAGGAGGAAGCGCUCUGGUCGGUGGAGAGAGGAAUUCCUCAAGACACCUUUUCAGAGUGUCCUGCGGCUCAGUUGGACCCUCAAGUGGAUCCUCUUCCUGCUGGGAAUCCCCUGAUGAAGAUCGAAGUCGUUGAAGUCCUCACACUGAACCAAGAGGUAGCUCGUCCCCGAAAUGCCCAGAUUCGGGCCCUCUAUGCUGAAGACGAGGGCCUAAGCCCAGAAGUACUUGGGGAGCCGACUCAACAGCUAGGCAAGCAUCCAGCUGACCCUGAGGCUGCACGCCAGAGGUUCCGGGGGUUCUGCUUCGAGGAGGUGGCAGGGCCCCGAGAGGCCCUGGCCCGGUUGCGUGAGCUGUGCCGCCAGUGGCUGCAGCCCGAGGCGCACUCCAAGGAGCAGAUGCUGGAGCUGCUGGUGCUGGAACAGUUCCUGGGUGCGCUGCCCAGGAAGCUCCAGAGGUGGGUGCAGUCACAGCACCCAGAGGACUGUCAGGAGGCAGUGGCCCUGGUGGAGGAUGUAACCUGGAUAUCUGAGGAGGAAGCAUUACCCGCCCAGGACCCCACCUGCUCUCUUGAGACCACAGCUCCUCAGGAAGAGAAGGAGGAGAACAUGACCACCUGGCCGGCAAAGGCACCACCUGAGGAACCAGUGACCUUCCUCGAUGUGGCUGUGGACUUCAGCAAGGAAGAGUGGGGGCUGCUGGACCCGAUGCAGAGGACCGAGUACCACGACGUGAUGUUAGAAACCUUUGGACACCUGGUGUCUGUGGGGUGGGAGACUACACUGGAAAGUAAAGAGUUAACUCCAAAGUCUGACAUCCCUGAGGAAGAACCAGCCCCUGACCUAAAAAUGGAAGAAUUCUCAAGGGAUGACACCUGGUCCUCUACCUCAAGAGACGUCUUGCAAGGUGGGACCCAGGAAGUCUUGGACACAGCACUGAAGCAAGUGGAGCUCACUCAGGAAGAAACCCUCCCUCAGAAAAGCCCCCAGUCCCAGGCAAACACUGGCCUUGUCACCAGCCCUAUUUCACUCCAGAAAACUCUGCCCAGGAAACGCUUGCGCAAGCGUGGCUCGCGGGUUAAGAAGGUGACGCGUGGUCCAUGUGUAAAAAUUCAUCAGAAGGGCCACAAAGGGGAAAAAGCCAGAGAAAACAGUGGUUGUGGGAGAGCCUUCAGCCGAAGCACUCAGCAGAUUACGUUCACAAGAAUUCACAAAGGGAGCCAAGUUUGCCGAUGCAGUGAAUGUGGCAAAACGUUCCGGAAUCCAAGAUAUUUCUCUGUACAUAAAAAAAUCCACACAGGAGAGAAGCCCUACGUGUGUCAGGACUGCGGGAAGGCGUUUGUUCAGAGCUCCUCCCUCACACAACAUCAGAGAGUCCACACCGGAGAGAGGCCUUUCGAGUGUCACGAAUGCGGGCGGACCUUCAAUGACCGCUCGGCCAUCUCCCAGCACUUGCGGACUCACACCGGAGCCAAGCCCUACCAGUGUCAGGACUGUGGGAAAGCCUUCCGCCAGAGCUCCCAUCUCAUCCGGCACCAGAGAACGCACACGGGGGAGCGCCCCUACAUGUGCAGCAAAUGUGGAAAGGCCUUCACCCAGAGCUCGCACCUCAUUGGGCAUCAGAAGACGCACAGUGGGGUGAAAUGCAAGAAGAAACAGCCUACCUCAUAGCCCUCAAGCUGAGCCGGUUGAAGAGACAUGGCCUUUUCAGCCUGAUCCUGCAAUGUAACACGAACGGGCUUGGUUGGUUGGCAUUUGGAACUGAAUAUGAAAAGCAGCACUGAGUGAUGACGUUCUCAAGACCAAAGGACAACCAGGGAGACCACCCUGCACACAAGUAAAUGAGAAAACUGGUGGGGAGUUGUUGCUAGUGAAUAUAAGUUGGAAAAACAUUUAAUUUUUCACUCACUUGAUUUGCUGUUAUAAUUUGUUUGCUCAUUUGGUCAUUAAAAGUGAUACUAGUGAAACCUGACCAUGUUUAUAAUGUAAGUUUAAAAAGCCAGGUACCAAAAAGUCUGUGCACUGAUAUUAUAUUUGUGGUAUUUAUGCAUAUGGACAAGGACUAAAAGAGAACAAAGAUGAAUAAACUAUAUAUUUCUGUGAUAGAAA